AUGAAGGUUCUCAUCACAGGCGCCUCCGGCUUCGUCGGACAGUCCCUCGCCUCCUCGCUGCUGUCCCAAAACCACAGCGUCAUCCUCACUGACCUCGCCGCCCCGCCCAUCCCCAGCAGCCGCUCCCCCUCCGCCGCCAACGCCGUCUCCCUCGCCGCCGACCUAGCCGCCGAGCCGUUCCCCGCCAGCGCGGCGCUGCUCCCCGCCGACCUCGACGCCGUCUACGUGCUGCACGGCAUCAUGUCGUCCGGCGCCGAGGCCGACCUCGCGCUCGGCUACCGCGUCAACCUCCUGUCCACGGUGCGGCUCCUCGACGCCCUGCGCGCGCGGUGCGCGCCGACCGUCCGCGUCAUCUACGCCUCCUCGUGCGCCGCCUACGGCGCGCCCCUUCCCGCCCUGCCGCCCUCCGAGACGACGCUGCCCACGCCCGAGGGGUCGUACGGCACGCAGAAGCUCAUGGUCGAGCUGCUCCUCAACGACUACACGCGGCGCGGCCUCUUGACGGCGUUUUCCGUGCGCCUGCCCAGCAUCACCGUGCGCGCCGGCGCGCCCACCCAGGCGGCGAGCUCCUGGAUGAGCGGCAUCGUGCGGGAGCCGCUCCAGGGCCGGGAGAGCGUGCUGCCGGUGCUCGACGACGGGUUCCGCUGCUGGGUGUGCUCGCCGCGCACGCUCGUGCGCAACCUGGAAAAGUGCCUCGUGCUCCCGCCCGACUGCAUGGAGCCGCAUAUUCGCCAGGUCCUGCUGCCGGGCGUCACCGUCAGCGUCGGCGAGAUGCUGGCCGCGCUGCGCGAGGUCGGUGGCGACGAGGCCGUCCGCCUGGUCAGGAGGGAGAAGCCCACGGCCGCCGCCGCGAGGCUGUUUGAGAGCUGGCCCGCCGCGUUUGACGUCUCGAGGGCGCUGGGCAUCGGGUUCGAGCCGGCGGGGACGUUCUUGGAGGCGGUGCAGGACUUUGCGGCUGGCCUCGAGGCGAAAUGA